GGUGAACACAUUAUCGACUUCCGGUUACUCAACUGCACUUUCGUCGGAUAAACAAAAUGUAAAUUUAGCAAUUAUCAAACGUUCCACCGUAGUAUGUAUCGUAUGCUUUAAAAAAGUAUGAAAAAAACUGUUUGAGCAUUCUCUUGGAAUAAAAAUAUAAAGAUGGGCAGAUCAUCUUCAAAGCCGAAGAAACAGCCAUCUCGAGUCACAGAACAGGACAAAGCUGUAUUGCAACUUAAACAACAAAGAGAUAAACUGAGACAGUACCAGAAGAAAAUCCAUGUACAGAUUGAAAAGGAUCGACAGGUGGCCAAACAGCUACUGCAUGAUGGCAAAAAGAGUAAAGCUAAACUGAUGCUGAGGAAGAAAAGAUUCCAAGAGUCUCUUAUAGAAAAAACAGACGGACAGCUGGAGAAUAUAGAACAAAUGGUGCAUGACCUUGAAUUUUCUCAAAUUGAAGCCAAGGUCUUCGAGGGAUUGAAGAAAGGAAAUGAAUCGCUCAAGAAAUUACAUGAGAUCAUGUCGAUUGAAGAUGUGGAAAAACUGAUGGAUGAAACACAAGAGUCUAUAGAAUAUCAAAAGGAGAUAGACGACCUUUUAGCGGGCGGUUUGACAGAGGACGACGAAGAAGACGUACUGGCUGAGCUAGAUGAACUAACAAAGCAAGACAUGGCACUGCCAGAUGUGCCUACAGACGAGCUACCAGAGAUACAAAAAGAAAAAGAGAAAAAGAGAGCCCAGAGAGAGGAGCGACAAGCAGAAAUGGUACCAGCAUCUUGACGCUUUGUCCUUCAACUAUACAUUUACAAAACAACCUCUGUCGUUUUACUGCAAACGGACAAAUAUUAGCACAUUCAGUUUAGGCAACCAAGCCAGAAGUUGCUGUCUGAAAUAAAUAUAAUGAUGCACAGCAUACCAGUCCGUUUUAAAUAGUGAUAAAUCAUUAUGUUCAAAGACAGCAGUGCAAUGUAUACCAGAGUUGCUGGACUAUUUGGUCCUGAGGUUAAUGUAUAAGUGCAGAGUAUUUUUGACUGAGGUUAAGAAAAAACAAUUGUUAAGUUUCCUUUUGCUUCCAAAACCAGACUUUUGCAAUUUGGUCGGACUGGUAUCUGUCAAAAGGUCAGGUGGUGACGCCACAGAAAUUGAGGCUAAAAAAUUAAAAUGUUCUUUGGAAGAGUAGAUCAAUUAUGCACACCCUGAAUAUUUUGGGUGUAUAUGUGUGGCCCCUGUGCUGCAAAUACUGUAUAGAUCAAGGUAUUUUUUCCCAUGGGCAAUAAAUUCUAUGUUAAUUAGAAAAAUUAAUUACCGUAAAUUUGAGGGUAUAGUGGGCAGGUACGUUUUUGGGGUCAGAUUUGAAAAAAAAAUAUUGGGGGGAAAAAAUCCUGAAAAUAACCGGUAUCAAAACUGGAAAAGUAGCAUCAAAGGUAGCUUGGUGUUUAUAACGCCGAUUAAUUAUCGAUUGAUUUAUUGGAGUGAACAAGCCCAUGAAGGUCUACCUCCGUACUGCUUGGAAUGAGUGGAUGAUGGACGAAUCCUGCAGAAUUUGUUGAACAGUUAUUGAUAUUUGAUCAUUUUAAUAAAUUCUUUUAAUAAAGUUUUCAGAAAAAAAGUUUUAUUUCAGAAGAAAAAAUCUAGAUUGGUACUUCAAAUUAAAAAGGGUUAUUGUCUUGAAAGCAAUUGUCAGAGUUGAGAUUUAAAUGAAUUUUAAAUUAUACAAUUAGGUAAUGCAAUAUCUAUAUGUUAUUUGAAAUAUAUAAAUUUCCCCAGCAAUCUUUGUUGACCACUUGACCAAUGUUUUAAUGAAAAUGGAUCUAAAUGUCACAUAACACAACGGUGAUGAAUGGGGAAAAAAAUCAACUCAUGCUCAAUCGUUUUACUUUCAUAAUGCUCAUAGCUUGUGAUUAUUGAGUUGUGAAUCAACUGCUAAUAUUUUGUUAUUAUGAUUAAACCUGUGUUAGUUUGCCUGAGUAUUUGUUUUACAUACUGUCAUGUCCGACAUAAGCUGUAAUACAAUUUCUUAUAAACAGGAUGUCAGAUUAGACAGGUUUCAGUGUAAUAUGUUUUGUAAAUAGUUUUAGUCUACCAUUGUGCAUGCUAACCGACAUUUUUCUCCUGCAGGAACAUACUGGUUGUUGGAAUUUAAAUCAGUUAUGGGCAAGAUUUGUUUUAUAAAAAAUAUUUAUCAGAAAACAAGGGUAAUUAAUUCAAAGGGGAGUAACUCUGUAAACAAAAAAAUCAGUGCUGGACACAUGAUAAUCAUGUACAGGGACCACUGCAAAAGGGUCAUUAUAGGCAGUUUAUCACUAUAUACAGGUGGUCCCUUAAACAGGCUUUAUCAGACUUAUUGUCCUUUAUUAUAAAUGAAAAGUAAAUUAAAUAUUAAGUAAUUUAAAUUGUCUUACCAUUAAACAUGUACAAGGAUUGUCUCCCUGUGAAACAAAGAUAUCAGUACUCACCAAUGCUGAUACCCGGGAAUACAAAAUGUAGUACAUGUACAUAUUAUGGUAAAAUUAGUCUGAUAGAGGCAAAUACCAAUUUAUGUGUAUCUGCCUGCGGAAAGAAAAUAAGGUCUUUGUAUACACAAUAAUAUUAACCAUGCAUCUUUAUAUAUUUUAUUUAAGAAAAAAUAAAGUAAGCUAUGUUAGUAAUGUAUUUAUUCCAUGUCUUUUACCAGUGUUUCUGAUUUUCAUUAGUAUACAUUGUAUAUUAUUUUUACUAAAUGAAAUUAAUGUAACUUCAAAUAAAUCCAUCAUUUACGUAUCAAA